AUGCGCGGCUCGGGAGUACCUGAGGACUUGGUACGCGUUUUCGAGUACUGGUACGGAAACCAAUCCAACUGUGUGAAAUGGGGCGACACGACAUCUAAUAGCUAUAGAUUAGAAUGCGGGGUACGCCAGGGUGGACUUACUUCUCCGGACCUCUUUAACCUUUACGUCAAUGACUUGAUGGGGAGGCUGAGGGGCACUGGAGUCGGUUGUCACGUGGGUGACGUCUGUAUUAACAGUCUCAGCUACGCUGACGAUAUGGUGCUUCUCAGCCCCUCCAUCAAGGGUCUGAGAAAGCUGGUUUCAGUCUGUGAAAAUUAUGUAAAUUCUCAUGGGCUGAUUUACAAUGUGGCUAAGACAGAGCUGAUGAUUUUUAAGGCUGGAAGGGGUCCGGAGAACAUACCGGAAGUCAAAUUAAAUGGAGAGAAGCUGCGUAUUGUGCAGCGGUUCAAAUAUCUUGGCCAUAUACUGACGGACGACAUGAGGGACGACAGUGACAUAGAACGAGAAAGAAGAGCUCUGGCUGUUCGUGGCAAUAUGAUAGCCCGCAGGUUUGCCGGGUGUAGCAGGGGAGUCAAAUAUACAUUAUUUAAUGCAUAUUGUCUCUCUUUCUACACCUGUCAACUGUGGGUCAGGUACAGCAGGAAAUCGUACGGCACCAUCCGUGUGCAGUAUAAUAAUAUAUUCCGGACUCUGUUGGGGCUGCCGCGUUCCUGCAGUGCCUCCACCAUGUUCGCAGAAGCCAGAAUCCCUGACUUCUUCGCAGUGGUACGCGCGCGCAUUGCUUCUUUCUGGGAGGGGAUGCGCCGCUCGCAUAAUACCAUCCUCAUGUCGGUGUACCGCAAUAUUAAUUGUAAUAUGUUUAGGCACUGGCUCUCAGUGCAUGAAAACGAGAACAAAAAAUAG